GCCAGUCUUUCGAUGCUCCCGCCCGCCGGGCCCCCUUUGGCCAGUAAAGUCAGCAUGAUGGGUGUCUAGCCCUGUUUGGCAAGCUAGGCGAGCCCCAUAAUUUCGCUACGCACAAUUCUCGCCGACUUUGGUGAAUAGUCUUUGGAACUGGAUAUCUCGACGACGACAACCUCAAGCUUCACUCUCCCCGGUCAAUUUUCACGCCAAAACCUCCAUUCACAAUGUCUACCGCCCAGGAGCUCUCCAACAUUUCCUCGGACCUGAUCUGGGAGAUCGUCCGUGACAACAACUGCUUCUCCGCCAAGAGCAAGAAGAACGGCGGUGUUCAGUUCUCCCGAGACCCCCUUAACCUGACCAACAAGACUUCUCGCAAGCACGCUGGUUUCGUCAACGACAAGGCCCUCGGUAUCACCUCUGGCGAGAAGGGUGCUAUUGUUGUCACCUCCAAGAAGGCCCAGCCCAACAAGCCCGCCCAGAACCUUGUCAAGACCUCUUACAGUGGAUCCAAGAGCAACCGCAAGACCUACCAGGCUGUUGCCAACCAGGCUGCCAAGAACGGUUACCGUGCUGACCUCCGCUCCGCUGCCGUUGAGCGUGCCUCCGCCCUCAAGAAGUCCAACAAGCCCGUCAAGCCCGAGCCCGAGCAGAAGCUCCGUGGCAACAAGGCCAAGAAGGCCGCCGCCGCCGCUGAGGAGAACUAAGCUGUCUAAUACCAAGAUAGAAAUGUAUUGUGAAUAAGGCUGGGGUAUGAAGCUAGGGAGGCAAGCUGCAUAGCCCACAACUGAUGAAAAAGAGAUCAGUGUGGGAAUAGCACAUGAACCGAGGUCUCUGGGUCAUUCACUGCUGGAGUUAGUGAGCUUAAAACGAAUGAAUAUCUCGCUGGCAAUAUCGCCGGCAACCCAAAAUUUGUUUCUCAGAACAAGAGAGUGAGUGUAUGUUGGUGAAUGUAUGAUGGGGGUCAUAUCAACGACAAUUGAGGCUGAACUACGUUUCGAUAUACUGUACCUUCAGUGACGUAGCACAACAAGAGUCUCAGCCAAUAAUUAAAUACAUGAACGGCAUGGACGGUCUGGACAAAGUCCGCAUUAACCACGUCUCUGAUCAUCCA